CCUCACAUCUCAUUUCUCCUCCUCUUCUUCUUCUUCUUCUUCUUCUCUCUCUCUCUCUCUCUGAGCUUCAAAGCCUUACAGUGACUCGAGAAUGGCCGACGCUUAUUGGAGGUACAGCGAUGGACGGCAGCCCCCGCCGUCGGGGAUGAAUUCCGGCAUGGGAAAGCGUCCGCGUCCGGAUUACGAUUCCCAUAGUGGGCACGACAUGCCUGGUUAUUAUCCCCACGAAGAUGAUAGGGGUUCACUCCGUGGGAUGAGAGAUACAGACUCCAUUAAUGCAUCAUAUGAUCGCUACCUGCGUUCUGCGCAAAUGCCAUCGUAUAGUGGGGGACAGUCUGCUAGAAACAUGAGCGGGGGACUACCUGGUCGUUCAGUUGAUGACCCACGAAUGAUGCAAAUGAUUGAGCCCGGGCCUGUAAAAGAGAGGGUCUUGGGAUUGGGAAGUGGAAGGCCUGAGGUUCCUCUUCCUCCGGGUGCUACCAGUACUCUGUUUGUGGAAGGAUUGCCUGCCAAUUGUACACGACGUGAAGUAGCUCACAUCUUUCGCCCAUUUGUUGGUUACAAAGAAGUGAGACUCGUAAGCAAGGAGUCAAGACAUCCUGGAGGUGAACCACUGGUACUUUGUUUUGUUGAUUUUAUGAGCCCUGCCCAUGCAGCCACUGCUAUGGAUGCCUUGCAAGGUUAUACGUUUGAUGAGCAUGACCGAGACUCGGUCAAUUUAAGGUUGCAAUUUGCUCGCUAUCCUGGUGCGAGGUCAGGUGGUGGGCACCGAGGGAAACGUUGAAUUAUGCGGUCUUUCAGGACUUGCAUUUGGGAGUUUGUGAUAAUGAGGGGCCGUACAACAAACAUCCAGUUUCAAGAAUUUUAGAAGCGCAUAGUUAGGUUCAACUCAAAUUAUGUGGUUCUCGAUUAUCGUGGGGCAAUCGCUAGGGUGGUUUCCUGUUUGUCAUGUAUCAACUAUUUUAUAUGUUUAUUUCAGACUGUUCCGUACUUUAAUUAUGACUGCUUACACCAUGUGCAUUUUGUCAGAUGCUGUAAACAUAAUUUUAGUUAAACGUGUUGAGAUCUCUUUGCCUUUGCACAUCAGGGAUCAGUUUUUAAUAUCUAUUUACUGAUGAAUUUGUGGUA